AUGAGAACAGGAAAUGAAACGUUCAACCGUGGCAUGAUUAAGAACAUUGGGGCGCUGGAGAGCGUGAAGCUGUACCCCAAGGACUGCUUCAUCUUCCACGACAUCGACCUGCUGCCUGAAGACGACCGCAACUUGUACGUCUGUCGUGAGCAACCUCUGCAUCUGAGCGUCGCCGUGGAUACCCUGAAUUACAAGCUGCCAUACGAAAAUAUCUUCGGCGGCGUGGGCGCAAUCUCAGUGUGACACUUCAAGCGAGUGAACGGCUUCAGCAACAAGUUCUGGGGCUGGGGCGGGGAAGAUGAUGAUUUGGCCAACCGCAUUAAAUACCACGGGCUGUCCAUCUCCCUCAACCCCGCCAACAUCUCGCGCUACACUAUGAUCAGGCACGACAAGGAGAAACCCAAUCCACACAGGUUUGAAAUGCUGCGCUCGGGCACGAGCCGCUUCGCUUCAGAUGGACUCAACUCGGCGAAGUACCGUGUGCUGGACGUACAGCCGCGCAGACUGUACACCUGGAUCUACGUCGAACUCCUAAAUGCAUAA